AUGAAGAUCGCCACAGCGUUGACCGGCCUCUUGGCCACUCUGACCAUGGCCGCUCCCGUUGCCGAGCCUGAGCCAGAACCAGAGGCAGAGCCUAGUCUCAUUGCACGAGGACCUGGAGGCACAAAUUACAUCCAGAACUACAACAGCAAUUUGGGUGCUUUCUCCUCCAAUAUAAACGCCGGCACCUAUUCCAUGUACUGGGAUCAAGGCGUCAACGGAGACUUUGUCGUCGGCUUGGGCUGGACCACGGGUGCUGCUCGCUCAAUCACCUACUCCGGCACAUACACUGCCAACGGCGGCUCCUACCUCGCGGUCUACGGCUGGGUCAAUUCCCCACAAGCCGAGUACUACGUCGUCGAAAACUACGGCAACUUCAACCCAUGCACUGGCAGCGGGGUCACGCAGCUAGGCUCGCUCUCCUCGGACGGCGGCACAUACCAGGUCUGCACUCAUACACAAGUCAACCAGCCGUCAAUCACUGGAACGUCCACGUUCAAGCAAUACUUCUCGGUACGCCAACAGAAGCGCUCCUCCGGUACGGUGACUAUGUCCAACCAUUUCAACUUCUGGUCCCGAUCGGGUUUCAACCCCAACAAUCUCAAUUAUCAGGUUGUGGCCGUUGAGGCUUUCUCUGGCACGGGGCAUGCGACCAUGACUGUCUCCUAG